UAAUCUUUUUUGGUACGUUUGAGAGAUUCACAUGCUCAUUAUUAUGGUUUGCUCAGUUAUUUCAUUAGAUGUUUCCCAGACAAGCAGCGCAGUGUCUGUCCCGCUCUUCUGUACACGUCACAACUGGUCACAUCUGAUGCAUUAAAAGUCAAGGUGUAGGAAAACACUGCUUUUCAUUUAUGAAUGCUCCUGGCAGAUGCAGAGUCCCUGUAGCUGAUGACGGAUGUGUUCCUGCAAAGGAGGAGAGUAGCUAUUGCUGAUGGUUAUGGCUGCUGGUUGUUCACAGAGAUGGAAAGAGGAGUUCACAGUUCAAAAACUCCACUUUUUCACCUCAAAACCUGAGCUUCUGCUUCAGCCACGAUGGGAUAUUCCUCCAGUGUUGUGGCUUGUAUACAGAUGUUUUAUGCUGGUCUACAGCCUCAGCUGGUUUAUCUACACGGCUCUUCUCUUCAACACUCCUAAAUUCUUCAUUUUUCUCAGCCAUAUCUCCUACUGUCUGAUGGUGAUCUACUAUCUGCUUGCUUUCUGUAAUCUGGCCUGGGCUUUCCUGGAGAUCAGAUGCUGCUCUCACAGAAGGAAAAGAGCAGGUGUCAGUAUUGAGUGUGAGGCUCUGCUUUCUCUCUCCCUCCCUCUCUACACUGCUCUCAAUCUCCAGUGGCUCCUUCAUUCAGUGAUGGGCUGCUUUUCAUUAUCUGUCUCAUUUCUAUACUGGACCAUAAUCCACCCCUCGCAUCAGCACUCGCUCACAGCCUUCAACAUCAACAUCCACUUCAUCAACAGCGUGCAGACGGCUGUAGAUCUGCUUCUGUCCUGUACACCCGUACACCUCACACACUUCAUCUACCCAGUUCUUGCUGCAAUCCUUUAUAUCAUAUUUGCUGUUGUGUAUUGGCUUAUGGGUGGCACUAACCAAUCCGGUCAACCCUACAUAUACAGCAUUCUUGAUUUCGGUGGUCGCCCCCUAUUGGCAACACUCAGCAUUCUAGGAGUUUGUCUGGUUUGUUUACCAUUCUGUCAGCUUUUGCUGUGGAAGCUGCAGCUGUUGAGGGAGUGGAUGGUGGAUUGUGAGAAACUGAGGUGGAUGGCUGUGAAGAGAGAGGUUUGGUGGUGGGUAAAAGUGUCUGGAGGAACAGACUCUGGGCUCAUGGCGUCACUGGAUCCUUCAGUUUCUGUGUUUGAGAGCACAAGAUGGAGAGAUCUGAUGGAGGACCAGCUGUCGCAAUCUCUCACGCUCGUUUGAAGAAGUUUUCGGUCAGUCUGAAUCUCAUUUGAGCUUCUUUAUGGUGGAAAUAAUGGUGUUAAAGUGUGUUUUGCAGUAGGGCUGCACUAUAUGUCAUUUUUGCAUUGAUAUUGCAAUGUGUGUGUCCACAAUAGUCACAAUGCAAGAUAUGCAAUGUUGAGUCGGGAUUAUAAUUAAUCAACACAACAGUCGAGAAUACAUGAGAUUUGUGGAGUCAUUGACAAAAAUAACCACACCAUGUGUUUUAAAGGCAUUUCAUUCAUUCAUUCAUUUUCCU